AUGAACGUGUCUGCUAUUCCGUCGCCCGACAACAUUUCCAUUGACGAGUUUGAGCAGCUGCUGGCUCGCUAUCCGGCCGUGCUGCAGGCCGUCUCGGAUGCCAAAGGAGCCAAGACUGGACAGCAGACAUUGGCCGAGCUCGAUGCGUUCCGCUAUCAAGUAGCGCCGGCUCGCUUCGGCCUCGAUGAAGGGGCUCAGCUGAUGACGCUCGAUGACGUCAAGCAGCUCGUGGCUUGGAAGCUUCGCCACGGCAAGUUCCGUCCGAACCUCAUGAAGCUAGUCUCGUCCAACGACGAGGCCGCCGUGCGCGACGCCGUGCGCGAAGCCCUGGACGUCUACCGGCCCCCGAAAGGCGGAGACGAUAGGACAACGUCUUCCUCUCUGGCUUUCCGCGCCCUCUGUCGCCUCCGCGGCAUUGGCCCAGCCACCGCGUCUCUGCUGCUGGCUGUGCACGACCCACAGCACGUCGUCUUCUUCGCCGACGCAGCAUAUGCGUGGCUGUGCGGCGGGCCUGCGCUGGCACCGCCCAGCAAGUACAACGACCGCGAGUACGAAGACUUGAGCAGCCGCGCCGCAGCGCUGCAGAAACGGCUGGCCCGCAAUGGCAGCGCAGCAGACGUGGAAAAGGUGGCUUACGUGCUGCUGACUGAGGGCAACAACAAUACGGGUGGGGCCAGGAGACGACAGACGAAAGAGGCCGAAACAACAGAACGUCCGGCGGAACCGGUGAGCAAGAGGAAACGCUCGUCUGCCGCUGAUCCAGAGCGGGUGGACAGCGCUCCUCCCCGUCGGUCCCAACGUGUCAAACGAGCAUGA